UACUGUGUUCUGUGUAGUGUGUAGUGUGUGCUCCGAGCUUCGACUGAUGAAAACAAGGGUGGAUUUUGACUUAUGAGUGCAGUUUUAACACAUAUCAGUUGACCCUAUGCAAACCAGAGAUUGAAACUUUAUGCCGAAUCUUUGUAUGCACAACGAAUUGCAGAACUUAAAUGUUGGAUAUACGUUUCCUUUGAUGUUCUGUCAAUCGUUUUUAGGAGGAGCAUUUGGCGGAAAUAGAGGCGCAAGACCCGUGCCACCUGAAAAAGGAGUUUUCCCGUUGGAUCAUAUGCACCUAUGUGACCUGGAAAAGAAAGAUUACAUCAGUUGUCUGAAGUCCGAGAGCCAUAAAUCUGAAAAAUGUAGACAGUUUUCUAAGAAGUACCUAGAAUGCCGUAUGGAAAAGAACCUGAUGGCAAGGCAAGAUAUGUCAGAACUUGGAUUUAGAGAUGUUAAGGAGUUGCAAGCUUCUGCAAAUGAAAAUGUCACUGUGAAGAAUCUAUAAAGUGAACCCUUUUCUUUAAUCGCAUUGACAGAUGAGGCAGAUAUACGGCUAUACCUUUGGGAGAAAACUAUUUUCUUAUGCAUUCUUGUUUUAUAUACGAGUUGCAUGAGAAUAGUGUAAUACAGUUAUUAGCAAAGCUCGGGUUUUCGUUUGUUCAGGUAAUCACUUGAAGAUAUUCUACAUUUAUUUGGAUUUAUGAUUGGUUUUCUGUUAUUCUGCGCAACGAUUAGGUAACCAUACUAUUUUUGAAGAUUAAUAGUUAUUUUGUUAGGUC